AUGGCCGCACCCUCUCCCCUCUCCCCGAGGCCAGUCGCGUCUCGUCCAAAUCACAUAGAUCUUACCCUCGACGACGACGACGACUCCACAAAUGACCACUCUUCUAGAUAUGCUAAGCGCGCGCGUACAGAAAUCUCAAGACAGGACAGCACCCCUUCAGGUCCCCUUCUGGACUACCAGAAAUCAUCUGUAACCCCAAAUAAAUUUUCAAGCGCAUCCAACUCUUUAUCUGUUCCUCACGUACAACAGUCACCCCAUAGCCAAUUUCCAAACCAUGUGCCUGCGCCUAAUCAAUCCACAUAUCGGCCCCUUUUCGCUGGUCCAGCGCCUUUUCCUCCAUCGAGGCUCCAACAAAUUCCUAAUCCACCUGCCAUGAAUAAUCCAUUCACUCCUCCAUCCCAGCCAUCCACAUCUCGAGCUUCAGAUCGUCAGGUAAUCGACCUCACAGGUUCUCCUUCGCCGCCGCCAUCAGUUUUAUCACGCCAAAAUUCACAGCCUCCCUUGCCUGCGGAGUUACCGCCGAAAACGCCAGUGUGCAUUGGGCAACUCACAGUAAAUGCUCUGGUUUUGUACCCCGUUACUUAUUUAUCGCCCCAGAACCCUGGAGUCACGGAAUGGGCCUAUGUCAGGUUGCAAUACGAGCACAAUCCUCACAAAUUAACCGGCAAAGAGACUAUUCAUAUUCGGACACCUUCUGGAAGAGGUCCCAAUGGUGACAAUGUCUCGGGGGAAGUCUUUGGUGUGGUAGAACAAAAGGUUGCAGACUUACUAGGACCGAUGUUGGGUAAGGGAUUGAUUAGGCUUGACGCCAAAAUUCGGAAAGGAACGGGCAAUCUGCCUAUCCUUCCCCUUCAAAUGCUUGUUUAUACCCCCAAAGGAAACAUCCCCGUCGUAGGGAACUAUCUUCGCCAGUCCAAUUUAAUCCUCGAUCACCCCGCGGCACCUCAGGACAUGCAAAGGAUAACCAACUAUCAUUAUUUCAACCCACAUCAUCUUCAUCACGACAGUCUUCGAAAUUCCAACUCGAACAUCUUUCCUAAUCGAGAUCACAGUCGGUGGACCACACCAGCUUCCUCAGGGAAAAGCGUGGAAGUUCAACGAAGUCAAGUAGACGAACUUUUCAAGACUUUGAAAGAUGGAGACGGUUUGGCAGAGACUGAACCGACUUCAGAGGUUGCAACAACACUCUAUCCUCAUCAGAAGAAAGCUCUCACAUUCCUUCUAGAGCGUGAAAGAGAAAUUGUCGGGCCAAAUGGAUCGUCGUCUUUGUGGCAAAAAAGAUAUAAUCCAGUGACUCGUCAAACGACUUGGUUCCAUCUUGUCACUCAGAAGGAGGUUAAUGACUGCCCUCAGGAAGCGAAGGGCGCCAUCUUGGCUGAUGAUAUGGGCCUUGGUAAAACCAUCAGUUGUGUAUCUCUCAUUGCUUCAACUUUGUCGUCAUCAGAAGCUUUCGCAUCGUCCCCACUUGAUGUCGUCCCUCGUCCCGUGCGUAAUGAUGCACCAGAUGCGUCUCAUUUUGCUGGCAGUGUUUGGAAUAUGCCUGAAACUGUAGACAACGCUACCACGGGCAGUUCGAUUAAAGGCAAGGCAAAGGCAGAUAGAGCACAGGAUAAACUUGAGAUCGCUUACGCCAGGUCAUGCCGAAUCAAGGCAAAGAGCCGUGCAACGUUGAUAGUAUGCCCAUUAUCAACUGUAUCAAACUGGGAAGAUCAAUUUCGCGAGCACUGGAAGGGAGAAGUUUACGUGGUGGGUGGAAAUGGAGGGCCUUGUCCACCAUCAACUCCCUCAUCAUCUCAGGCGAGUACAUCCGGUCCAGGGGCGAUGCAGCUGGACGACCUGGUCGAAGAUGACAAACCUAAACGAAGUCGAGAAGGUAGAUCGUUGAGGGUCUACAUCUAUCACGGCAAUGCUCGUCGGCCUGAUCCUACUUUCCUUGCCGACUUUGAUGCUGUUGUUACUACCUAUGCCACGCUGGCAUCAGAAUAUUCCAAGCAAAAUCGCAGCCUUAUGAAUGCCGAAGAUGACGAAGAAGAAGAAGCAAGUGAUGAUGGGCAAGGAGGAGUCGACAUCGAUGAACAAGGAAACCAGGUCAUACGUUUACCAAAACCGAAGAAGACAGGCACCAAGCGCAAGAAGAUGACUGCAUUGACACAGGCAAACAAUCCAGCAGAGAUACCGAGCGCGUUACAAAGUAUACAUUGGUUCCGAGUUGUUCUUGAUGAAGCGCACUCGAUCAAGGAAACGGCGACAGUUGCAAGUCGGGCUUGCUGCGACCUAAUGGCUGACCGACGGCUUUGUUUAACAGGCACGCCCGUGCAAAAUAAGUUGGAUGAUGUUUUUGCCCUCAUUAAAUUUCUACGCCUUGAGCCACUGGACGACAAGAAUGCCUGGACCGAGUAUAUUGGCACACCUGUGAAGUUCGGUCAGACGCUCGGCGUCGCUCGCUUGCAAACUAUCAUGCAAUGCAUUACCUUGCGCCGUACCAAAGAAACAAAGGCUGCCAAUGGUAGAAAAAUCCUAGCACUACCUCCCCGGCGUGAUGAACUUCGUUAUCUCAAGUUCGACUCUCAAGAACAGGAAAUAUACGAUAAAUUCUUUGACGAAUCCAAGGCAGAGUUCAAUGACUUGUCCUCAAAGAAUGAAGUCAUGAAGAACUACGUAGGCAUCCUGCAAAAGAUUUUGCGACUGCGACAAAUUUGCGAUCAUUUUGAGCUAGUACAGGGCAAAGAACCAGGACAGGGCAACGGGAGCUCUGAAUCUGCGCUUUCCUACGAGGAUAUAAUCGCCGCAAUUGCCAAAGAGGGUUUCAGUGCACUAAGAGCCAAUGCAAUGUUUGCAAUCCUGCGAGAGUCCGCAACUACGCAAUGUGUGGAGUGUGGGUCGGAGCUCUGUGUAUCCCCUGAAUUGAGCCAAGGUGAUGGUGCCGAGAACGAAGGCACUCCUACGCCCAAGCGCACUCGUAAGGCGAAAGGGACCGCCUCUCGGGGGUCCACACGAGCAAACAGCCCGAACACUCCGAGACCUGUGUUGACGCGGUGUCAACACCUUUUCUGCAUUGAAUGCUAUCGAAACUCGGUCUGCCCCGGAUGGCCCAACGUCGGACUGGAAAUCAAGAGAUCUUGUUCAGUAUGCCAAACAGGAUUGUCUCCUCUAGAUGCAUAUGAGAUCAAACCAGACACCUCUGAUAACGCUCAGAAGAAGAAGGUGCAAAAACGAGAAAAGCGUCUGAAAGGUGUUUCUCUAGAAAACUUCAGACCUUCCACAAAGAUCAAAGCCCUCCUUAGCGAUCUUGUCCAAUUUUCGAGAUUGAAUCCUUAUUCGACUAAUUAUGACCCCGACAUCCAGCUGUUAAACGAAAACGGUACUGCUCCAUCGGAUAGUGGAAUAGUGAAAACUGUUGUUUUCUCACAAUGGACAACCAUGCUCGACAAAGUUGAGGAUGCUUUGGAAACUGCUGGGAUCAAGUAUGAUAGGCUGGAUGGUACUAUGAAACGCGACGACCGAACUCGGUCGAUGGAGGCUCUUAAGCAUGACCCUAGCUGUGAAGUACUACUCGUUAGCUUGAAGGCUGGUGGUGUUGGUCUCAACCUUACAGCUGCCCAGCGUGUUUAUCUCAUGGAUCCAUAUUGGAACCCUGCAGUAGAAAACCAAGCCGUGGAUAGGAUUCACCGACUUGGACAGACCAAACCUGUAACAACUAUCAAGUUUAUUAUCGAGAAUUCCAUCGAAGCUAAGCUUCUAGAAGUGCAGAGGAAGAAAACCGAGCUAGCGAAUAUGACUUUGGGACAAAAUUUCAGCAAGGCCGACCUCAUGCAGCGCCGUCUGGAAGAACUUACGCAACUCCUGGGACCUUAA